AUUAAAAAAAAAAACUGCGACCGUCUCAAAAUUCGAGUGAUUUGUGAUUUUUUUUUUAAGGCGAAUUCACUCGUUCUGGGCUUACCGAUUAAUCCAGAAGGAGAAAUGAUGAUCCAGGUCUCAGAUCACCAUGACAACAACAUCGAGUUUCAAAGACAGAAGAACAGUUCUGAAACAGAAGCAGAUUACUCUUGUUUUGUCACAGCUUCAAGUCAACAAACAGAUGCACUGUAUCUUCCACAAGAUUUCACUAGCUCAAAUGCUCUUAACAGAAAAUGUAGCAGGAGUCCGAGACAGAUUAUAGCAUCGUAUUCGUCAAGCGAGAAACCGUUCGUAACAUUUACACUUGCAUCUGUUGAUGGCAGACAUUGUAGACUGCGUCUUCCGAUGCAAUUCACGAGGGAGAAUGGGAUUAACAAGCCUGGGAAGAUAUAUUUGUUGGGUAAAGAUGGUUCAAAGUGGCUUGCAAAUCUUCUUUCGGAAAACAACAGAGGAAGAAUGACUUUGGGAGAUGGCUGGAAAAGUUUUGUUAAAGCAAACGGUUUAAAGACGGGUGAUACUUAUACAUUCAAGUUAUUUUGGGAUGACACAAUUCCUGUGCUUAGUUUGUGCUCUGAAGAGUACAACACUGACACAAGAGUAGGAGAAGAGUGUUCGAAAGAGUCUCUUCCCACAGAGCCUAGUAGCCAAGAAAAGGUCGUUAAAGAUGACAACAACAAACAUGAAUCCAACAAAGAUGAAAGCAGCUUAUGGAAGAGAGAGGAUAAUCAUCUGAGAUGCAUAGAUUCAACUUCACCAAGCGAGAACCGGAGCCUGACAUUAACAAUCACGCCUGAUAGUCUCGAACAUGGUAGACUACGGCUUCCGUUGCAAUUCAUGACGGAGAAUAACAUGAACAAGCCCGGAGAGAUAACUCUAUUAGGUAAAGAUGGUGCAAAGUGGAUGGCAAGUCUUCUACUAGAAAGAAGAGGAAGAAUGAGUUUGGGGAAGGGCUGGAAAGAUUUUGCUAAAGCAAAUGGCGUAAAGACGGGCGAUUCCAUCACUUUGGAGUCAAUAUGGGAAGACACAACUCCUGUGCUCAAGUUAAUUAGUAUAGAAUCUAGCAGUGGUCAGUUUUCUAAAGAAUCUCUUUCCGUAGAACCUAGUAGUGGAAACAUGACUGAGAAAGCAGAAAAAAACAGAGAAGCAAGCAGAAAGUAUCCUCCUAGAAGUAGAGAAUCAUCUUCAGCAAUCGAAAACCAAUUCAUGGCAUUAACACCUUCAUGUGAUAUAAUUAGCCAGGUCGCUCAUGAUCUUCGAAUUGGCGAGGUCAUCAUUUUCAGACAUGAAGGAGAUAAUAUGUUACAAGUCUCAGAUUUGGGACCCAAUUGUUGUGGUAUUCUAGAUGUACCGGCUCCAAGCAGCAACAAUGAUCAUGACAACAUCGGUACCAUUUCGAUGGAAAUGCAUCCACACUUAAGAAAAGAAGCAGGCUUUUCAUCAUAUGAUGGUUAUGCUCAUGAAAACUUUGAGCAUCCGAGUAAGAAGAAAGUGAAGAAGAACAAUCCAGAAACAGAAGCAGAUUAUUUAUCAGACCACUCUUGUUCUGUAGCCCAUGUCACAACUUCGAGUCUACACGCAAAUGCAUUGAGCCUAGCAGUAAAAGAGUCUAUAACCAUAGAGCCUAGCAUAGAUGACAACAACAAAGAUGAAAGUAGCAAAGAGGAAAACGACAUAGAGGAAAAAAGCAACAACAAAAACAACAUAGAGGAGAGCAGCUCAUUUGAGAGAGAGAAGAAUCAUCGGAUAUGUAUAGAUUCGAUUUCAUCGAGCCACAACCGAUUUCUGACAUUAACAAUCACACCUGACAGUCUCAAACAUGGUAGACUGCGUCUUCCACUGCAAUUCAUGACGGAGAAUAGCAUGAAUAAGCCCGGAGAGAUAACUGUGUUAGGUAAAGAUGGUGCAAAGUGGCUGGUAAGUCUUCUACUGGAAAGAAGAGGAAGAAUGAGUUUGGGUAAGGGCUGGAAAGAUUUUGCUAAAAAACACGGCUUAAAGACGGGCGAUUCCAUCACGUUGGAGUCAAUCUGGGAAGACGCAUCUCCUGUGCUCAAAUUGCUCCAUAUAGAGUCAGGGCAAAGUGAGUUUUCAAAAGAGUCUCCUUUCAUAGAUGCUAGCAGUGGACACAAGACAAGGGAAGCAGAGAAAAACAGAGAUUCAUCUUCAGAGAUCGAAAACCGAUUCCUUACAUUAACACUUGCACCUGAAGAUGUCAAGGAUGGUAAUUUGCAUCUUCCAAUUCAAUUCAUGAGAAUUAAUGGCAUCAACAAGCCUGGAAAGAUAACUUUGUUGGGUAGAGGCGGUUUGAAGUGGUUUGCAUAUUUAUUGUCAAGAGAUGGAACUGUCGUUUUGGGAAAUGGUUGGAAAGGUUUCUGCGAGGCGAAUGGCGUGAUGUUAGGAGAGUCUUUUAUUUUGGAAUUCAUUUCCAUAGAAGAUACAAAUCAUGUAUUUAAGUUCUACUCCAGCUACGGAGACCAAAUAGAUAAAUGUUAAUUAGUACUUUUUCAAGGUUUCUCAAAUGUUUUCUCAGGAUAUCACAUGACAGAUUCUGCU